GCGUCGGUCGCUCAAACUGUGCGUGCGAGGUCGGGCGGUUUGGGGCGCGGCAGCGCUUCAAUCUCGGAAGUAGUUUUUUUAUUUACGAGAAUAUUUAAACAGAUUUCGUCAUGGACGAUCACCUCAAGACACUUUUAGACAUAAUCGAAAGGUUAAAAAGCCCAUACCUGGUGGAGAAAGUGCAAAACUACUUCGGUGUUUAUCGUACCGCUGAGGAAAACGGCGGAGGGGACCACGCUGGAUCGUCCAACCUGCAGCCAAGCGAGCGAAAGGUACCUACACACCGUAACGGUACCUAUCGAAGACGUAAAGGCGAUGCCGGAAAAAGCUCGUCGGAAGAUGAGACCCAAACAGAUUCCUCCGACAACGAGCCGUCCGUUCGCUGCAGGGUGGACAACAAGUUUUGGUUCUAUUUCUUCCACUUCGGUUCCCUCUUGGGCUAUGAAAUGUUCUAUGCCAGUUUUUUCCCCUUCUGGCUGUGGAACAUCGACAGUGCAGUGUGCAGAAGGGUUCUGUAUGUUUGGGGAAUCGUAAUGUACUUUGGCGGAGCCGCAAAGGACAUAAUUCGGUGGCCCCGACCUAGGUCACCCCCUGUGGUGCAGUUUGACAAGUGCUAUUCGGCCGAGUAUGGCAUGCCGUCCACCCAUGCAAUAACUGGAGCUUCUGUUCCCUUUGGACUCCUGAUAUUUACCAUGCACCGGUACGAGUACCCUGUCAUCAUUGGACUUCUAAUAUGCACUGCGUGGUGUGCCCUUCUGUGCAUCAGCAGACUGUACCUCGGUAUGCACACGAUACUCGACAUCAUCGGCGGUCUGGUGCUUGCUUCGGGCAUAAUGGCAGUCCUAAUCCCGUUUGCGGAAACGUUUGACGAAUUUCUGCUUCGUCACCCGUGGGCUCCGUGGGUCAUUGUGGGCACAGCGGCACUGCUGACGUACGCGUACCCGUCCCUCGAUCACUGGACACCCGCCAGGGGCGACACUUGCAUCGUGUUGGCCACCAUAGCUGGUAUCUUUGUGGGGAGCUGGCUUAACUUCAAGCAGGGUUAUAUCCACGGACCCGGAUCGCCUCCACCGUACCAGAUCUCCUGGCCGGGAUACACCGUCGUCGGCCUGGCGCUCCUCAGGUCCUGCAUCGGCAUCCUCUCCAGUGUGGCGACACGAGCCUUCUUUAAAUCUGUCAUAUACGCUUUCCUGCGAUGCUUCCUCCGUGUGGACACCUCGGAGGAGAAAGUCCGCAAGAAAGCUCUGGUGGAGCUGCCCACCAAAUUUAUCACCUACCUAGCGAUGGGUCUCACCAUGUCCUACCUGUCGCCCGUUGCAUUCCGAUUCUUGAACAUAGAACGCGAGACUAUCUUUACCGAAGUGUGAAGCCAUUAAUUCGGUCAUGUAGCGAUGCAUUUCUAUGCUAGUCAUAGGAAAAAACCUCUCCUUUUUGUUCGCGCUCGAGUCGCGCAGAGAGGCGACUGCGGCUCGUUGGCGAACGAAAAGAAACGCGUGAAUUAAUAUCUCACAUUUGAUGCGGGAGUGAUUCACACACGACUUUGUUCCUGUAAACCUACAUAGUAUAUAACGUAAUACCACUGUUGUCGGCUCAGAUUUUACUGCCCGUUGUAAACGCGAUUGCCGUAUCUAUUUAUAAGGAGUGACGCCUUUCGACGCGAGCGACAAGCCGCUGUUGCUCCGCGUCGGACUUAACGUUACUGGACUCCUGCGACAUCUUGUGAGAGUUAUACGCAGGUAUUAUUUGUUGUGAACAAAAACGACUGCCUCAUAUUAUGAGUAAAUGCAGUAAACACUGGCGUUUUCUAUUUGAGGUAGCGGUCACAGCCUUGUUAUGAAAGUGUGCUUAAUAUAGUCCUAUAUUAUAUAUAUAUAUGUAUAUGGCCAAUUGCCUUACGGUUAUGAAAGUAUAUUGCAGUCUGUGUGUUGAACACGAAGGCCAAAAGCUGCUAGUGCCUAACUGUGAAUGUGUCUGAAUCUGCUGGUACUACCAUUGCUUUUACCAGAGCCUUCAAACAUUUUAUGCUUGAAAGCCCACAAUUCGAAGCCCACGUAAAAUUCGUCUCGGUUAUUUGAUGCGGAGAAUGCCUUGUGCAUAGGUACUUAUGGUAAUGUCAUACGUGCAUUUAAUGUAGCGCUCCGAUUUUUGUUUCGUGUUGUCUAAUCAAGCAUACACCAAGGUAUUUUUUGCCUAUUGUAACUUGUGAAUACACGAGUGUUUUUCCAUGCUAUGUACCUGCGUGUUGUAUUGUAUGUAGACAAGGAGUCUACUGUAGCGUGUUGUAAUGUUUUAUUUUUAUAUACUAUCAGGACAGUGAACAAUUUAUGGAGUUCAUUGUGGCCACAUGCACUUUGCACAUUACAAUUUUCAGUCCACAUGUGUAACUCAAAGUAUUGUGAAAUGCUAGUAAGCACUGCGGAGGUACCUGCUGGCAAAGUACUAAAACCUGCUGCGAAAUAAGGAAUAUAGUGGGAUGAUAGCCGUUGACAUAGAUAUAAAGUGACUACAGAAAAUAUUUUAAUAUAGUAACCAUCUAUAGGCACUUCUACCACAUUAUACAUAUCUCAACGGGUACUUCACAGAGCCAAAAACAAAUCGUCCAGUUUGAAAGCCUGUACUGUGUUAAGCACCAAGUGUUUGGCCCACUUUUUUUUUCUUUCUUAUAUAACAUCUGGAGUCAUGUAUGACAGGGUAGGCAAAAAUGGCAUGCCUAUGGGAUGCUUAUAAUGCCUUUCAACCAGUAUUUACAAAGGCAUGUUGUAUAAGUACUCCUUACGCCAGUGGUUCCUAAACUUCGCCGCUCCACGGCCCAUACAAAUAUAGACGACCCCUCCUCCCCGCGACCCCCUUCGGCACGUCCCGUGUCCCCCCCUGGGCGUCGUGACCCGCAAUUUGGGAACCACUGCCUCGUGCAAUUGUGCACGUACAAGAGACUAAGAAACAGGGAUUUGUAAUCUGAUAGUCGAUAUUUUUCUCGUUGCAUGGACUGUGUAUUUGCUGUAUGCACUCAAAGUUAUUCUCAGAGUAUUUCAUAUGAUCCUAUGUUAAGGUAUCAAAUAAGGUAUAUCGACACUGCCAUAAUGUGAACGGGAAGAGAAAUAUUAGCGUGCAAAGAACUUGAAACCUGUAUAAAUGAUAUAGGCAGCGAAGCAUCGAUAGCAAGGUAACGUGUACAAAACCAAAACGACACUUGGAUUUGUUGUUGCAUAUCACCGCAUCCACUUCCCUGUCUAGUUGCCACCGUUAUGGUGCACAAUUCACCGUGAACGCCCACAGAGCACAGUCAUGGUUCCCACUGGUCCUUGAGUACCCUGGAAUUCGAAAAUGCUGUUUUCGAGGUCUGGAAGGCCGUUGAUUUUGCAUCUUUUUCUUGUUCCCAUGGAGCUGCUUGCGCAAAAUUCAGCCUAUCUGGAGUCAGAACCACCGUUUCGAAAACCACAGAAGUGAGCACUCUUUGCAAAUAGGAGUCAGCAGCGCAUUAAUUAAGCAAAUUAAAUAGCAGCUGAGCUCCAAAAGGUCCUUGAAACCAUCUCGAAUUUUUGUUCCAAAUACCAGUGGGAUCCAAGAGUUUCACAGUGUGGAAAACAACCAGAACUUGGCCACCUGGUAGCAAAUGAUCCACCAUGUAUUUACUAUAGAAAUUGUUGUUAUUGUAUACUUUGUUAACCGGAAAUAGGCUUGUCACAUGUAUUUGUGUUUGCUGUUUUUCUGUAGGCAAUGAAGCAUAUGCAGACUGAAA